AUGUCUCCAUUGCCAAGGUUUGUUGUACUCAAAUCCGCAUACAACGGAAAAUACUUGACGAAGGUGACAAAAGAAACAAGUUCCCAAACCGAGUUGCCGGAAACGUUUCUGAAUUUUCGAGGAGAGGACAUGGAGAGUCCUUUGGCAAAGUUCGAACUAGUGACAGCGAAGACAGACCGGAGAUUCGUCCACAUUCGGUGCUGUUACAACAUGAAGUACUUGACACGGCUAAGUCCAAAUCAUCUAUGGAUUGUUGCAGCGGCAAAUAGACCCGUAGAAGACGAGGACACAUUCUCAUGCACCAUGUUCCAGCCUAUCAAAGCGGACGACUACAGAAAGGAAAAUCAUUUCCGAUUUGUCCACGUCCAAUCCAAGCACCAUGCUUGUCUCUGGAGAGCGCAUCAGCCUUACACAGAUGGUCUUUUCGCAGGAUCAGACCAGAAAGACCGUGACAAGUGCGAUGUGUACAAAGUAUUCGAUUGGGAGUCGAUAAUUCCCGAAACUGUGGCCUUCAGGCGGAGCAGCGACAAGAAAUAUCUCACCGCCACUACGAUUGAUGGCUUAACGUAUCUGCAGUUCAGUACCACUGCACUCAGCGACAAAACUGUAGCACAUCAGAUAAUCCAUGUUAGCGAUGGAUAUGUCCGGAUAAAAUCCCUUUCGACUGGAACUUUCUGGAAGCGCAGCAGCACAUCCAACUGGAUUUUUGCCUCCGGCGACUGUUCCGCCGACGACAUAGACCAAAACACACUGUUCAUUCCUGUCAAACUCGACGAGAACGAAGUCGCAUACCGCAAUAAUGGAAACCAGAUGUUCUGCAAGAGUCGUUCCCCGGACAGCAAGAGAGAGUGUCUCAUUGCCUCUGCGCCGGACCUGUCUGAUGUGGCCAAGCUUGAGCUGGUGGACUGUAAUGACCCACUAAUCUAG